AAUGUCUUCUCACAUGUUCAGUAGACAUAGACACUGUGAAUGACGACAUAUUUUUGGCACAAACGGAACCCCAUACGUGUGUGUGUGUGUGUGUGUGUGUGUGUGUGUGUGUGUAGCAGGGGGGUGUAGGGUGGAGCAGGAGGCGGGAUACGCCGAUGGAAAAGACGCACCGCUCGUCCAUUGGAGCAGACGCAGAGUGGGCGCCCAUCAGACGCGCCCACCGCUGCUUCAAGACUGUUUUUUUGCUGGAAGAGGAGACAUGAGGUUUGGAGACACCUGUCAGGAGGACUACACAUCCAGUAGCUGUAUGUGAGGCAACUGGAGGCUUUGGCCAUGGACGCGCUGUCAUCGCUUUUAUAGCCUCUCUGCAUCUCAGGAGCGUAAAGUUACCCCGCUGCUUCCUCGUUUUUCUUGAUUUUUAAUCCUUUUUCCUCCCAAUCCGCAUGAGUUCGCAGUUGUUUGUAGGUCAGCUGGUGGGGGUUCCGUUAGAAAUAAUGCACCCCACCAUGGAGAAAGACACGACCUACACUAAGAUCUUUGUCGGCGGGCUGCCUUAUCACACCAACGACGCUUCACUUCGGAAAUAUUUCGAGACUUUUGGGGACAUCGACGAGGCGGUGGUGAUCACAGACAAACAGACGGGCAAGUCGAGAGGAUACGGCUUUGUAACCAUGGUGGACAGGGGGGCAGCAGAGCGGGCGUGCAAAGACGCAAACCCCAUCAUCGACGGCAGGAAGGCCAACGUGAACCUGGCUUACCUUGGGGCAAAGCCUCGAAGCACACAGUCAAGUCUCUCGGUUGGAGUUCAGCAAGUCCAUCCCACGUGGGCUCAGAGGCAAUACGGGUUUGCCCAGCAGUAUGUCUACCCCCAGGCAUUCCUGCAGCCCAGCCUGGUGCUGCAGUCCCAGCUUAGCCCCACAGCAGCAGCACUAGCCUCCCCUUACCUGGACUACAGCUCUGCAUACAGCCAUUAUGCCCCUACAGGACUGGAGCAGUACCCUUACACCCCUUCACCAUCGCCUUCAGCUGGCUACCUCAGCUACAGCUUCUCCCCGGGCAAUUCAGCGCCCACUCUAACCCCAUCUCCAACCCCUCCAGCUGCCAUCCACCCACCUCUAGCUGCACUCACCACCAUGUCUGCCGCCCCUCAGGGCUUCCUCCACUACCCUCUACACCAGCCCGACCGCAUGCAGUGAGCAGCCCUGCGUGGAGUUAGAGCUGCCAAACUGAGGAUUCAAAGCAGUGUGACUUGACCAGUCACAUCAUCAGGAUGAGACUGGACAACCAGGAGGAGAGUGCGUUGUAAUCAAAAGGGCUUUUAGAAAGUACUCUCAUUCCUGUUUUUAUAAAUAUACAGUAUAUAUAUUAUUGUUGUAAUAGUUAAUGAAAAUGUUCUAUUGCCACAGUCAUCAGCAUACAACCUGAAUGUUUUUCAUAAAUGUCAGAAAUCGGGGACCAGAAUGAGACAAUAAUUCACUGGACAUUUUUCCCCCUGACCCCUGUCUCCAGCGCUGCAAUUGGAGCCAGGCUUACUGCUGGAAAGCAGUUCAGUAAAGACAAUAAAAAACAUGUCUGUUUGACAUGAUGCUGCGGCUGCAGUUUCUCCAAAGGUACUAGGCUGGAUAUUAGCCAAGCUGAGAGCUAGUUCCUUUUAAAGAAACACUGGUCCAAUAACCUCAUCUUCAAGGUUACCUUUCUGUCUUUGCCCCAGAGACUUCUCACUCUCUUUGUUCCUUGUUCAAGUUGUGUUCUUAAAUUUUGUCUCUCAUCUCAAAAAAGGUAAAUUUUUCAUUACAACCCCUUCCUUUUAUUUUCUAUACAGCUGGCAAGUCAUCGCAAAGUGAUAAUCACAGUUUAAAUUAAUAUGCAAUUAUAAUAAUAAAAUGUGACCAUGAAGAAGGUAGAAAACACUGUUAUAUUGUUUUUGUAUACAACUGUGAGACGAACAAUACUACGGGAAACACUUUGUUAAUAAUAAAAAAAUCACAAGAGCUAUGACAUGGAACUUCUACAACAGCAUGUUUGACCAGUGGCUCUUGGAUAUGGUACUGGGGACUCUUUAGUUUAAUGAAAAUUAAAUUACCAAAUUGUCAAUACAUAUCAGGUAAAUGUAACUGUAGGUGUCUAAAUGUACUGUAUGUUUUCACUGAUAAUGAGUGAGUGUAUGUGGUCUGUUUCUGUGUGUGCGUGAUUGAGUGAGUAAGAAUAAUGGAGCGAUGCAGUAUACCCCCGUGUCAGGACCGAGGUUCUCUUCAGCCCUUUGUACCGGUCAGCGUUGUUUCUUUGUUUCUUUUUCCCAACAGCAGAAUACAGAAAGAUGCUUUAGUAAUAAUGAAUGGAGUCUCACAGUACUUUGGCACUACUUAGUAGUCAUCAACCAUAUCAUACAUGACAUUUAAAACAAAUAUGCAAAUAAAAUGAAUAUUUCUUAAAAAGAAAAAAUACAUGAAA